AUGAACGACGUCUCCUACUACAACGUCUCGCGGGAGGUCUUCCCGCCGGUCAGGGAGCUCGACUUCUCCAAGGACUGCGAGGUCUUUGGCGAGUGGGUGGCCACCGUCGUGGCGCCGGACCCGUGGGACGCCCGGUUUCAGCAGGGCGGCGCCGUCUCGGUCGUGUGGCGGUUCAUGAUGUCCGCGCUCGACGACGAGUGGCGGCACCCGCACGGGCCGGACCUCGCGCCGCUGCAGUUCUACAACCAGCUCAGCCAGUGGUACUUUGAGCAGUGGUACUGGCGCAUCGUGCGGCGCAUCGACAACGACACGCUCGAGUACGAGACCAACCCGGACUUUGUCCUCGCGGCGUGGGACGUCCCGCAGUCCAGAUGCCCGGAGCAGUACUGCAAGGCCAUCGCGCAGACGGGCAACACGGACAUCUCGGGCAUCGGGGAGGCAGUAAUGGCUGAUACCCCCCGCCAGAUUCAUACGGCAUACUACGUCGAAGCCGUCCUGGCGACGAUGUACCUCGUCGCCUUCACCGUCUGGCGGCUGCGCGAACACCUCCGCAAGCGCGCCUCCCGACGCGGCGGCGGCGGCGGCGGCGACGGCCAUCAGAAGCACCGCCGGCCCCUGACGGGCCCCAACUCGGGCUGGGCGGGCCGCAUCCUCGACGCCUUCCGCGCGACCGUGUCCUCCUUCCUCUCCAUGGCCAUGCUCCUCUCGCUCGUCAUGCUCAUCGCGGCCAUCAAGACGGCCGCGCAAAAGUCGCAGAUCCGGCGCAUCCCGGAGCUCUCGCGCGACGUGCCCAACGGCAGCGCCCUGUACGACAUCUCGCUGUCGCUGCUGGCGAGCACCUUCUCCGUGUUCCCCGUCAUGUUGAUUUAUGCGCUCAUGCGGCACACGGGCGGCGGGAAGGAGGAGGGCCACAGGCAGUGGAUGAGCCGGGCCGUGCUGGCGCUGCUGUGGGCGCUCGGCGUGGCGGAGAUGUACCUCGCGCCGCGCGGGGAGCUCGACUACGACUACCGCCACAGCGGCGUCGGGCAGUUCGACUGCGACGUGCGCGGCGGGCAGCGGCACUGGCGCGGCAUCAAGGCCGGGCAGUGGAUGGUCGUCGGCGCGCCGCUGCUGUGGGUCGCGCUGGCCGCCUUCGUGGUCACGGGGUUCGGCAUCCCGGGCGUCGCCGACUACGCUUGGGUGCGGCGGUGGCGCGCCGCGUGGCGGCUCGCCGUGGCCUGGCUCAACCUGCUGCUCAUGUGGGGGGUCCUGGCCUACUUCACGUACCUGCGGCACAGCAUCACCGCGACGGCCGGCGGGGACCGGGGCGCGGACCAGAGCGGCAGGUGGCUGUUUGGGCAGAUCCUCGCGCUGUCGACGUGGGCGCCCACGGUGGCCGAGUGGUUCUACGUGCUGUUUUUCGGCAUGAAGGAAGCCUGGUCGACCAAGAUGCCCGAGGGCUACGAAGCCGUCCGCAGGAGAGACAACAACGACGGACCUGGUAGCAGUGGCGGUGGAACUCCUGGCGCUGCUGACAUGGAGUCCGAAUCAAAGUACGACGCGGCCAUGGGCGCGUACUACUACGGAAGCAGCAGCAGCAGCAACAGCAGGCGCGAGUCGGACCAGCAGCAGCUGCUGCACGGAGCUGCGGGCCCGGCGGUCAUCGCCGUGGGGUCGUCGUCCCCGAUGGUCCCGGAGCCGCAGGCGGCCGUCGGCUCCGUGCCGCCGCCGUACCAGACGCCGAUGGUGACCUGGGACGCCGCGACCAACAGCUGGAAGGCGGUGAGCGACGACAGCAGGGCGGCGUCGGCUACGUGGCAGCACCCGGACGGCGUGCCGAGCAACUGGCAGCACCAGUCCCCGCAGCAGCAGCAGCAGCAGCAGCAGGGGCAGAAUAGACGGGAGGGCACGCCUUGGGAUCAGUGGGAGAGCACGGGUUGGUGA